GGCUCGUCCUGCUCCGCGGAAGGUCCGUCGCGCAACAAUGCGCAAUGUUUAGUUCCGCACAUGCGGACGCAGUGAAAUAUGCCUUGGUGCAAACAGGGAGCUACAGACAAGCUCGUCCGAGAGUUCUUACGCACUGGAACCGCUGCAAGAAACAAGAUGAUGAAAAACUGGGGUGUAAUUGGUGGAAUAGCUGCUGCCAUGGCUGCUGGGGUCUAUGUACUUUGGGGGCCAAUUUCAGACAGGAAGAAAAAGAGAAAAGGGAUGGUUCCUGGUCUGCUUAAUCUGGGGAACACAUGCUUUAUGAACUCACUUCUCCAGGGCCUGGCAGCAUGUCCUUCCUUCAUCAGAUGGCUUGAAGACUUUACAAAUGAAAGCAGUAACCAUCAGGAGAGAACUGAGAGAGAGACUCAUCUGUCCAGAUCUCUGAUGCAGUUACUUAAAGCCCUGUCAAGUCACAAUCCUGGAGAAGAUGAUGUUUUAGAUGCAGGAGGCCUUUUAGAAGCUCUUAGACUUUACAGAUGGCAAAUUAGCUCCUUUGAGGAGCAGGAUGCUCAUGAGCUCUUUCAUGUUCUCACAUCAUCAUUAGAGGAGGAACGGGAACGCCAACCCAGAGUCGCUCACCUGUUCGACAUGCAAACACUAGAGAAAUCUGUGGAGUCCAAAGAAAAAAACAUAAGCUGCAGAACUGGAGGCCCACUACAUCCUAUUCCAAGUUUAUGGAGGACUCGGCACCCUUUUCAUGGGCGGUUAACAAGUUAUAUGGCUUGUAAACGCUGUGAGCAGCAGAGUCCUGUGCACUAUGAUUCUUUCGACAGCUUGUCUCUUUCUAUCCCGUCAGUACAGUGGGGUCGGCCAGUUACUUUGGAUCAGUGUCUUCAGCACUUCAUCUCCUCUGAAACCAUCAAAGAAGUAGAGUGUGAAAACUGUACCAAGCAACAGGCUGGAGACCUUGUAAAUGGAGAAGUCCUUGAGAGUCAAAGGACGACAUUCGUCAAGCAGCUGAAACUUGGAAAGUUGCCACAGUGCCUCUGCAUCCAUUUGCAGAGACUGACAUGGUCUAAAGAGGGCACUCCCAUUAAGAGACAAGAGCAUGUUCAGUUUACAGAAUAUUUGUCUCUGGAUCGAUACAAACAUUGUACUGCUGGUCAAAACCCACAGGGCACCAGCAGAACAAAUAAGCCCACAUCUGCCAAAGCUGCCAGAGACCCAAAAGACAAAACCAUUGCUAAUGGUGUCGAUUCAGAACACUGUAACAACAAUAAGCCAUUGUCCAAUGGAACCUUUCCAUCCAUCUUUCUACACUCACCAGGAUUGAGCUCACAACUCAACCUCACUUAUGACUACAGCACCUCAGAUUACCUCUUCCGCUUGACAGCCGUCCUGGUUCAUCAUGGCGACAUGCAUUCUGGACAUUUUGUCACUUACCGUCGCUGCCCUGCCGCUCACCGUGGAACAUCUCCUUUUAGCUCCCAGUGGCUCUGGGUGUCUGAUGAUUCAGUGAGGAAAGCAAGUCUUCAGGAGGCACUCUCCUCCAGCGCAUAUCUGCUCUUUUACGAACGAGUGCAAAGGCCCGGUCUGAGGGUAGAAGAGUAGCAUCUCAGUUGACCCGGGUUGCUUAUUCUUAGUUCGAAGCUAGAGCGUUAACCCUCGCUUUUCUCCAUUCCAGGCCAUGCUACUAUGGCCAAAAUGCAACCGUGCAUCCCUGUGCAUGCAGUUUGGUGCGCAUGUUGUUUUGUGAGAAAGAGGGAAGAUGUGGGUUCUGUAUAUCAUAAUUUCCACCUUAAUCUUGCUCAGCGUCUAUGGCAGUUGUUUUAGAAAACUUCUAGGUCAUUGUCUGAGCAUAGGAGAGACGCCAGUCGUGAUUACUACACGUUGCCACUGAUAUGGGAUUCUUACACAGAGAUUUGAACUUGUUUUUGUCUGGAAAAUUCUACAUUUCAUGAUAAUGGUUUGUUCCAAACUGACCCUGAAUUGUUGCCUUGCUCAUUAAGCUAAUUAUUUGUUAGAAGUAAAUUUGACAUGGUUUCUCUUGCCGUUUUUUUUUUUUUUUCAUUAAUAAUGUCUUUGUCAAGGAGUUACAUCAUACAGUAUAUUUAUGCAAUUUGCAUAUAACAGUCUUUUGUAACGUAACAACCACUAAGUUAGUUAAGGGAGAAUGCAAAAUCAGGGGAUGUAUCCUCACCAGGUGUUGUGUGUCUACAUGUAGAUCAGGUUUCUUAUGAAUCCUGCUUAAUUUGUGUUUAGUUUUGUUGUAUGAUUUACAUUUUCUGCAUCAUUUUAAAUUAGUGAAUGCUUAGAAAGGAAAUGUAGUAAGAAUAUGGGAAUGCAAUCCAUAUUACAAAUCCUGGAUAUUUACCAAAUAGGUUUUCUGCUGACAUAAAUAUCUCAAUAUACAUCCAUUUCCAGUGUUAUUCUGUAAAUUCCUUGUUAUACGUUGAUUGUACAUGAUGCUAUUUGCACAAUUGUAUAUUUUUAUGAUAUUAGUGUGUAUGAAUGUGUGGGUGAACAUUUUUUUCACAUGUAAAUUAAAUUAAAUAAAAUCUGCAACAGUGA